UUUCAGCGUCGAGUCUUCUGAGACCUGAUGAAAGUGAAGGAAGAGAGUGAAGAACUGAGUGAAGUAAAGGAGGAGAGAGAAGAACUGAGUGAAAUGGAGGAGAAACAUCAUGUCCAACCUGCAGAAAAACCUUUGAGUCGCUCAAAGACUAAAAAUAAAGUUUUAAAGAGAAGAAGAGCCAAGAAAUGUACAACCUGCACUCAGUGUGGAAAGAGUUUCUUAAACACACGUAAUCUUGACCGUCACAUGAUAGUUCAUACUGGACAGAAGCCGUUCACAUGUGAUCAGUGCGAGAAAAGUUUCCCAAGGAAAGAUAAUCUAGAGAUUCACAUGAGGAUCCACACUAGAGACAAAGGUAGUCUUCAGCAGCACGUGAGAGUUCAUACUGGAGAGAAGCCUCACACAUGUGAUCAGUGCGGGAAGAGUUUCACACUAAAAGGAAAUCUUAGUCGACACAUGAUGAUCCACACUGGAGAAAAGCCUCACACAUGUUAUCAGUGUGGGAAGAGUUUCGCGCAAUCAGGACACCUUGAUGUUCACAUGAGGAUCCACACUGGAGAGAAAUCAUUCGCAUGUGAUCAGUGUGGAAAAGCAUUUCGUAGGGCAUCAAACCUGAAGGCACACCUGAUGGUUCAUACGGAGGAGAAGCCGCAUUCAUGUUCUGAAUGUGGAAAGAGAUUUUCACUGCGGCAUAAUUUACAACUACAUCAAAGAACUCAUACUGGUGUAGGAGUUUAUAUGUGCUUUGAGUGUGAGAAGACUUUUACUACAGAACAAUGUUUAAAACUGCACCAGAUAAUUCACACUGGAGAAAAACCUUACGAGUGUUCACACUGUGACAAGAGAUUCAGUCAGUCAUCAACUCUGAAAACACAUGAGACGAUCCACACUGGAGAAAAACCUUACAAGUGUUCAAACUGUGACAAGAGAUUCAAUCGGCCAUCAUAUCUGAAAGCGCAUGAGAAGACCCACAGCAGAGAGAAGCUGCACACAUGUGAUCAGUGUGGAAUGAGUUUUGCUUUAAAAAGUCCCCUGAAGCUGCACAUGAAGAUGAUCCAUGCUAAGACUUGAUGGAUGUGAACGAGAAAGGAAAACAGAAGCCAAACAUCCGUCUCCUGCCCUCAGUGUAAAUCAAGUCUGAAGACUCACAUGAGAGUUCACACUGGGAAGAAGCGGCUCAGAAAUCACUUCUGCUUCUCAUUCUGGAGAAAGAGCAUUUAACUGUGAUCAGUGCGGUAAACCCUUUCAUUGGGCAUCAGAAACACCUGAAGAUUCACACAAAGGUGAAGAUUCAUUCAUUAUAUUACAGGUAAAAGACACGACGGUGUGUGUUUCAGUGCAGGAAGUCCUUUUCUACAGAAGAUGAACUGAAACACACACUCGAAAAGAGGCCAUACCACUUUUAAGAGAGACAUGAAUCUUAUAUUCAUUAUUUACUCAUUCUUCGUUGUUUGAUUUUCAUUAGAACAUCUUAUUUUCUAUUCUACUUCUACUCUUCCAUGCAAAUUAUUAACACUCAUUAGUUAACAUUAGUUAAUAUAUUAACUAACAAUGAGCUAUGCAUUUGUUACUUUAUAAGUCAUUGUUCAUUUUGGUUCACAGCAUUAACUAUUGUUAACAAAUACAACUUUAGAUUUUAAUAAUGUAUUAAUUGAUAUUAA